AUGUUAAGGGAGGUUCUUGAUUACCUCAAUAUAAAAAAAGAUGGAGUUUAUGUUGAUUGUACUUUUGGUAGUGGCGAUAAUUUUGCUAAUUUGGAAGAAAAUUUUAAGCGUCUUAAUUUAAAGGAAAUAGAUGGGUUUUUAUUUGAUUUAGGAAUUUCUUCUUACCAGUUGGCCGAAGAAAGCAGAGGUUUUAGUUAUCGAUUAGAUUCACCGCUUGAUAUGAGAAUAAAUCAAGAAGAGAAACUAAAAGCAGAAGAUAUUAUAAAUAAUUAUUCUUCAGAAAAAAUUAUUAGUACUCAACAGUUGGUUAGGAUAGUUGCUGCCUGUUUUCCUCAUAAGAAAAAUAAGCAUCCGGCUCGCAAGAUCUUUCAAGCUCUUCGUAUCUUCAUUAACAAAGAGUUAGAGAAUCUUUCCCGAGCUUUAAAAAGUGCUUUUAAAUAUCUAGCAUUAGGAGGAAAAGUUAUUGCUAUUAGUUAUCAUUCUCUAGAAGAUCGUAUUGUUAAGCAGAUAUUCAAAAAGUAUAAUUUACUUGGAAAAUUCCGAAUAAUUACCAAAAAACCUUUAACUCCUAGUAAAAAAGAAGUAAGUGAAAAUUACAAAUCACGUAUUGAUAAUGUUAGUUUGGUUUUUCAGAAAAAUGAUUACCAUGACUUCCAAAUUGAAAAAUUUUCUGAUCAAUUAAUAAUUACUGCCAAAAGUGAUAGCAAAGAAGAAGUUACACGUUUACUACCUUUGUUAAGGAAUGUGUUUGGAAUUGAGAUAUUUUUUCUUGCUUUUCGUUUAAGGGCUGAUUUAGGUGAGUUAUACCAGUUUGUAGAAGAUUUUUUUAGGGGUAGCACGAGUAAUGCUAGUACCUUUAAGUUAGAUAUUAGUCGGAGCAAUAAAAAUUUCCUCAAAGAUUCGUUGACAUUGCAAAAAGAAUUAGGAGCAAUUAAAUUAAGUGGUUUAGGUGGUUUGCCAGUUGGUAGUUCAGGUAAGGCUUUACUACUUUUGAGUGGGGGAAUAGAUUCUCCUGUAGCCGCUUACCAAUUAAUGAAAAGGGGUUUGGAAAUCAUUUAUUUGCAUUUUUAUCAACAAACCGAAGUUGAUUCUCGACCUAUUUUAACUGAAAUUAGGCAUAUUAGUGAAGAAAAAUAUCGCUUAAUUAUUUUAAAGAGAAUGUUUAUUCGCUUAGGUUGUUGGUUAGCUGAUAAAUUAAAAAUUAUGGCUAUUGCUACUGGUGAUUCAUUGGCACAAGUAGCUUCUCAAACUUUAGAGAGUUUAGUGGUGCUUCAAUCGCGCAGAAGUGCAGAGUUGCCCGAAUUUAUUUCGCCUGAAUUAGUUGAAAAGUUCUCGUUAGAAAUAAAAGAAAAAAAGAAAAAUCCUGAGGUUAACUACGAUUCUAGUCUAAAUAUUGGUGAUUUAGUAAAAAUCACGGAAGGAACCUUUGCCAAUUACGAAGGAAAAAUUACUGCUUUUGAUGGGAGAAAAAAACGAGUUAAAAUCGAUAUUGAUUUUGCGGGAAGGUUAACUCCAGUUGAUGUACCGAUAGAA